AUGCAACUGCGGUACGCUGUGACGUCAGGAGGCUCGCUCCUCUCCACCAAUGAGGAGUCGAGGUCCGGGAGGCUCGCCACGGCCGGCCCGGGCACGUUAUCUCUCAAGGACCAGGAUAAUAAUAUGAAAGAUAACACCAAGAUGUUAGAAACAUGGUCUAGGCAGGGUUCGGAGAUGAGGACGUGCGCUCUCAUAGAUCAGGUAGAGAUUACAGGAGACGUUAUCGCGACUGCUGAUAGAGGGCGUCUCGGAGAGCGGAGAGAAAACAUUCCGCCGUGGAAACUUACCUCAGCAAUCACGCUGUUAAUAUACAAUCAAACCCGUAUCGACAUUGAAGUCCUCGCAAUGCCGUACAUAGUUACGUAA